UGUGUCUUUCGAGUCAUGUGAUGUUCCUGGCUCCUUACCUGAUGUUUAUCUGGCAGCAGGGAAACCAGCAAAUGCGGAUAUAUUGGCUGCUUUUUAGUUGGUUCUUGACCUGAAAAAGCUCUUUCAUUCAAAGAAAGAAGCAGCAAGACUGGAAUAUCAGCUUUUGAGGUUGAUCUUUUCUGCUUCCUUUUCAGGUAUCAUGGUUUGGACAAAUGGCACAAGUCUCUAUGCCAGAUUUCUUAUGUGGUUUCUUCUGUAUAUGUUUGCCAGGAAGGUAAUGCCUGAAGACAACAUCAUUACAACCAAAAAAGGCAGAGUCAGAGGGAUGAGCCUGCAGGUACUGGGGGGAACUGUGACAGCUUUUCUUGGAAUACCUUAUGGACAGCCACCCAUUGGUAAACUGAGAUUUCAAAAACCAGAGCCUUGUGAGAAGUGGUCAGAAGUAUGGGAUGCCACAAAACAUGCAAACUCUUGUUACCAGCUUAUAGAUACAACUUAUCCAGGAUUUCCUGGAUCAGAGAUGUGGAAUCCAAAAACUAACCUAAGUGAAGACUGCUUAUACCUUAAUGUAUGGGUCCCUUCUCCCAAACCCAAGAAUGCAACUGUCAUGGUGUGGAUAUAUGGUGGUGGCUUUGAGACUGGGUCAAGUUCCCUACCAGUCUAUGAUGGCAGGUUUCUGGCCAGAGUAGAAAGAGUCAUUGUAGUUUCCAUGAACUACAGGACUGGUGCAUUAGGAUUUUUGGCUUUGCCAGGAAACAAGGAAGCUCCUGGAAAUGCAGGUUUAUUCGAUCAAAGAUUAGCACUUCAGUGGGUCCAAGAGAACAUAGCAGCAUUUGGAGGCAAUCCAAAAAGUGUGACUAUAUUUGGAGAGAGCGCUGGCUCAGCUUCUGUCAGCUACCAUAUCCUUUCUCCUAAAAGCCAUCCUUUAUUCACAAGAGCCAUCAUGCAAAGUGGAUCUGCAAAUGCCCCUUGGGCUGCAGUAACAGCAUCUGAAGCCAGAAACAGAACAGUAGCUUUAGCUAAACAACUCCAGUGUCCCACCAGCAAUGAGAAAGAGUUAAUUCUCUGCCUCAAAGACAAGGACCCACAGGAUAUAGUGGAGAAUGAAAUUUUUGUUGUAACAUAUCACACUCUUUUGCAAAUCUUUUUUUGUCCAACUGUGGAUGGUGAUUUUCUCUCUGACAUGCCAGAAACGUUGAUUGAGAACGGCCAUUUCAAACAAACACAGAUCUUAGUUGGUGUUAAUAAAGAUGAAGGAUCAGCAUUUCUAGUAUAUGGAGUCCCUGGCUUCAGCAAGGAUAGUGAUGGCUUGAUCAAUAAAACAGAAUUUGAAACAGCUUUAACUGUGUCCUUUCCAGAAGCAAGCCAACUUGCAAUAGAAUCAAUCAUUUUUCAGUACACAGAUUGGGAAAAUGAGCAAAAGCCAGAACAGUACCGUGAUGCCAUGGAUGAUGUUAUUGGUGACUACAACAUAAUAUGUCCUGCAAUACAAUUCACAAAAAAAUUUGCACACCUAGGAAACAAUGCAUUCUUUUAUUUCUUUGAACAUCGAUCCUCAAAGCUCCCUUGGCCAGAGUGGAUGGGAGUAAUGCACGGUUAUGAGAUUGAGUUUGUGUUCGGAUUACCCCUAGAAAGAAGAGUGAAUUACACCAAAGCUGAAGAAAUCUUAAGUCGGUCCAUGCUGAGAUACUGGGCAACUUUUGCAAAAACUGGAACUCCAAAUGGGACCCUGAUAAAUGGAACAAGGUGGCCAGUCUUCACUAGUACUGAACAAAAAUAUUUGACAUUAAAUACUCACACUUCAGAGAUACUGACAAAAUUACAUGCUCAGCAGUGUCGAUUCUGGAAUAAUUUUUUUCCCAAAGUCCUGGAAAUGACAGGAAAUACUGAUGAAGCAGAACGAGAGUGGAAAGCAGGAUUCCAUCGCUGGAACAAUUACAUGUCAGACUGGAAAAAUCAAUUUAAUGAUUACACUAGCAAGAAGGAGAGAUGUGCAGGCUCUAAUUAAUAUGUUUACCCUUGCCAGUAUGUCCAUAUUACUGUUCAUCAGGGAAAUAUACAAAUAGCUUUCUAACACAUCUAGCAUUAAGUAUGUUAUGCAGAUUAAGAAAGUGUUAUGAACAUAAUUUUGAUUCUCCAGAUAUUUCAUUUAUAUUUUACCUCAUAUCUCAAUAAACAAUAUAAGGCAUCCACACAUCACUGGGUUAAAUGGGAUCAUAGAGAUUAAAGUCUGAAGAUUAAUGAUUUACAUAUUAUAAACACUAGCUGCUUAAAUUCACAUUUCAAAUAAACAAUGGAAUCUGUUAUUGAAAAAUCA